AAUGACUAAAGAAGAAAUUAAAGAAGCUGUUGAAGCCUUCUUAAAGGAUAAGUUAGAUUAAAUUUGGUAGAAAAUAAUAAAUCUUGAAUAAAGGUUUUAGAUUUUUGAGAGAGCAUUAACGUAAUAGUAAAGUGAUAUUUCAAAGAACAAUAAUAAUUAAAACACUUAAAUUCUUCACUUGGGAAAGAAAUUUAUUGACUUGCAUAAAUCAUUAUAAGCUGCAUAAGAAGCAGCAAAUUAAGUUGUAGAAAUGACUGAACGAAAAAUUUAAGAAACUUAAAAAAUAAAAAAGAAUUAGCGUAAGAGAUUGGAAGAAUUAGAUAAAAAUUAAAAUAUACAACAGCAAAUAAAUUCUGGUUUUUCAUAAUUAAUUCAAAGCUAAUAAUAGUAAUAAUAAUAAUAAUAAUAAAAAUAAUAAUAAUAAUAAUAAUAAUAAUAAUAAUAAUAAUAAUAAUAAUAAUAAUAAUAAUAAUAAUAAUAAUAAUAAUAAUAAUAAUAAUA